GGGAACGGAAGCUAAACAGGGAAACCUAUCAUCGAGACCCUUCAUCGAUUUAGUUCACCUCUCUCCAGCCCGACCUAAGACGGUGCUUGAAGGGUAAACGUCACUUACCCAGUCCAUCGUAACUGACUGGAAAUUAGCAUAAUAUCAAGUCAAAUUACAUCUUAGCAUCUGUUUCGGUUUCGGCCUCAGACUUAUUUAUUUUUCUCUCGACUUGAAUGCAAUAAUCCGCGUUGAAAGCGUCAUCUGGCCAUAAACCAACCAGAUUCGGGAAAAGCUAGUUUAGUGUCACGUGGACAUAUGACCCGGAAGAAGAAGUUAUGUUCCGCUAGGUAGUGAUAUCCAUUCCUGUGGGCGUGCGGCGGACCUCUUUUUCAGCCAUCUUGGAUCUGAAACUUUGUCACAAAAUGCCCAGUGAAGCUACAGAAACUGUUCCAACCACUGAGCAGGAGAUGCAGCAGCCCCAGGCAGAGACAGCGCUGGCUGCUCCUGCUGUGGUCACUGGAGAGAAGUCAGCUACUCCUGCUGAUUCCAAGAAACUUUCCUCUGCUAGUGCUGUAGCCACACCUAAAGCUAAAGAAGCUAAGAGUGGCUCCAAGCCGUCUUCACACUCCUCCUCUGUCUCCAAGCCCAUGCCUGUCACCAGCAAGCCCUCAUCUUCAUUUGCUUCCGACGACUCUUCCACCUCUCCCAAGCUGUCAUCCUCUGAUGCUCCUGAAGUGUCCCCCCCUACUCUCUCUACCACUAUGCACUCUCCUUUAGUGUCUCCAACUGGUUCUCCUGCUUCUGGUACAGGAACUGCUUCCAUCCCUCAGCCCAAAGUCAUGAAGACGAGUGGGAAGGGAAAGGCUAAAGGCGGCACUGUGCUGGGGGCUAAGACGGUGAAGCCUAUUGAAAAGGCUCAGUUGUCUGGCUCAGCUAAUGUCAUACUUCCUACUUCUCAGGCUCCUGCAGUCAUGCCUGAGGAGGUGCAAGCCAGUCUCCCAGCUUCUGUAAAGCCAGCUAAAAUCGACAUCCCUAUACCAACUUCUGGUCCAACAGUAGAUAAAAUUUCCUCUCCCAUUUCUGGCUCUGCAUCAGCUCCCAUCAGUAACCUCCCAGUAGCUGUUGCUUGUCAGUCACUGGAGAAUUCUCCAUCUGUUGCUCAGUCUCUCCCAACUUCUGUGUCUAAAUCUGACCCCUUGCUCUCCUCUAAGAGUGCUGCUGACCCUGUAGCUGUAGAGGUGACCCCUCAGGCUCCUACCCAGGCUCCUACCCAGGCUCCUACCCAGCCUCCUACCCAGCCUCCUACCCAGCCUCCUACCCAGCCUCCUACCCAGCCUCCUACCGACACCAAGGCCCUUGGCGUUCCUAAAGCUACCAGUGAAACCCAGAGAGUAGAGCCAGUAUUGUCACCUCUGGCUGACACUGUUAAUUCAAAGGAGUGUCAAGCUGUUCCAGGUGCCCUUCCCUCCUCCAGGAAGCCAGCUAAGGCUACCCCGGUUAUGGCCAUGCCCCUUCCUGCUUCUGAUGCUGUUCCAGGUGCCCUUCCCUCCUCCGGGAAGCCAACUAAGGCUACCCCGGUUAUGGCCAUGCCCCUUCCUGCUUCUGAUGCUGUUCCAGGUGCCCUUCCCUCCUCCGGGAAGCCAACUAAGGCUACCCCGGUUAUGGCCAUGCCCCUUCCUGUUUCUGAUGCUGUUCCAGGUGCCCUUCCUUCCUCCGGGAAGCCAACUAAGGCUACCCCAGUUAUGGCCAUGCCCCUUCCUGCUUCUGAUGCUGUUCCAGUCCCCCCUGUUACUGAUAAGUCUCCAAAACCCUCUCUGUCUUCGUCUGAUGCAGAGAGAACUCAGUCUGCCAGUGUUUUGCCUCUUGCACCCCCCUCUGCAUCUGCGAACCUCCCAGUACCUAGUGCUAAAUCAGCUGUUCAACCUCCUGUGAUUCUGGCCCCAGAGGAAGAUGAUGAUCUGCCCCCUCUCAUUCCACCUGAGGAGAAAAUCGCUUUACUCACUCCCCCUGUAGUACCCAUGCCCCUCCAUAAACCCCCUCCAGCUACUACCAAACUGGAGCCUGUGAUCAAGAACGAGAAGGGGUCUGGUACGGAGUCCGACAGUGAUGAGUCUGUACCAGAUCUUGAGGAGGCCGACUCUGCACAAGUGCAGUCUCAACAGGCACAGCUUGCAGCAGCUGCAGAAAUCGAUGAGGAGCCAGUAAGCAAAGCCAAACAGAGCAGAAGUGAAAAGAAGGCGCGGAAGGCGAUGUCCAAGCUGGGUCUUCGUCAGGUGACGGGAGUCACCAGGGUCACAAUCCGAAAGUCAAAGAACAUCUUGUUUGUCAUCACCAAGCCAGACGUCUACAAGAGUCCGGCGUCUGACACGUACAUAGUUUUUGGUGAGGCUAAGAUUGAGGAUCUUUCGCAGCAAGCUCAGCUGGCAGCAGCAGAGAAGUUCAAGGUCCAGGGAGAGGCUGUAUCAAAUAUCCAGGAGAACACACAGACGCCUACUGUGCAGGAAGAAAGCGAAGAGGAGGAGGUUGACGAGACCGGGGUCGAGGUGAAGGACAUUGAACUUGUGAUGUCACAAGCCAACGUCUCGCGGGCAAAGGCAGUACGUGCCCUCAAGAACAACAACAAUGACAUCGUCAAUGCCAUUAUGGAGCUGACGAUGUAAAAGACAAGCAGGCCAUGGAAAUGAGACGGUCAAACUGUUCAUUUGAUAUGUUUGUACAGUUUAUACCAGCGGGUGAAAUAAAGCUGUGGAUUGCAAAGACAGAAAAUUCUUUCGGAUUUUUUUUCCUGUUAAUGCAGUACGGAUUAUGCUGUUGGAACUGGAAAUGCCCCAAUUGGUAUUUAUUGGUAAUAAAGUGGCUUUUGCCCCCUUUUUGUGUACUUGAUUCGAAAGUCAGGCAUUAAAAGUGAAUCUUCAGAUCA